AUGGCACUCAAAAACCUCGGUGAUCUACCGGUGCUACCACUACCAGAGUCUUUCGCACUGACGGCAGCCUACAAUGAAGACUCAUUCCCCAACAAGGUCAACCUGGGACAAGGCGUCUACCGUGACAACAAUUGUCAGCCAUGGGUUCUACCUAGCGUUAGAAAGGCCGAAGAAACUCUACACAAUCAGCAAGUCAACCACGAAUACCUCCCCAUAGCCGGAGACUCGAAAUUCCUCACCAAAGCCCGAGACCUCCUCUUCAGUCCUGAAAUCGGCUCGUCAGAGAAUAUAACAAGUCUCCAAACCAUCGCUGGCACAGGCGCAAAUCAUCUCGCGGCGAUAUUCUGUGCGCGAAACCUUCACCCAAAGAAUGUCUUUAUUUCUGAUCCAACAUGGGAUAAUCACCAUUUGAUCUGGGAAGUGGCCGCACCGAAUGUCACCCGAAAGCUGUAUCCGUAUUAUGAGCCUUCUACCCGGGGCCUCAACUUUGAGGGAAUGCUUGCUGAAUUAGAGAAUUCCGCGGAGGAGAAUGACGUCGUUAUAUUGCAUGCUUGCGCUCAUAACCCUACCGGGAUUGAUCCGACGAAGGAACAGUGGAAGAAGAUUGCUGAAGUUGUCGGACGCAAGAAGCUCUUUGUAGUGUUUGACUGUGCGUACCAGGGGUUUGCAUCGGGGGAUACCGAUGCCGAUGCAUGGGCGAUUCGAUACUUCUACUCUACGUUGUUCGCCGAGUCGUCCUCGUUGACGCCAGCAGGCAUGUUUGUCUGUCAAUCGCUAUCCAAGAAUUUCGGACUCUACGGUGAACGAAUUGGAGCGCUUCACCUGGUUACUCCAUCCUCGAAUUCGCCCGAGGGAGCGAAAGCGCACUUGGUCCAAUUCGUUCGCGCCGAAAUCUCGUGUCCUUCUCUCUUUGGCGCACGGAUUGUCCAAACAGUUUUGGACGAUGCUGAGCUCCGCUCGAAGUGGCAAGAAGAUGUACGAAUUAUGGCGCUUCGGAUCAAGGGUGUCAGGACGUUAUUGAAGUUGGAACUGGAGAAGCUUGGUACUCCAGGGGACUGGAGUCAUAUUGAGCAGCAGAUCGGCAUGUUCAGCUUCACUGGGCUUUCUAGUGCACAAGUGCAGGAGCUGAAGGAGAAGCACCAUAUCUACAUGUUGAGUAAUGGGCGCAUGAGCUUGAGUGGAUUGAAUGAGAGCAAUGUAGCUUAUGUUGCUCAAGCGAUUAGAGACGUGCUGUGA